AUGAAGAAAGCUCUGAAAAUUCUUCUAGUUAGUUUCUUCAUUCUAGUUAUAGAAGAGAUACAAAGUUCAUCUAAUGAUAUUGCCCCAAUGAACACAGAACAGUCUUCAAGCUCUCAAAGUGAUUCAGAUAGUGAUCAAAGUAUAAUUUAUGAUGAUACUAGUUGCGAUGAAGAAUUAAUAUCUUACUCAGAUGAAGAAGAUUAA